ACGCCAGCAAAAAAAAAGCCUAUAAUUACAUGUUGUUUGUGAUUGCAUUUCACAAUACUUUUGGAUUAUAAUUGUAUUUUAAGGCUCGUAUGAAUGUCUUACUCAAUAUAAUGUUCGUCAUCGCAAAUCGACUGCAUACCUCAACCAGUAAAAUGGCUCUUUGGCUAGCUUUUGCUACAGCCUAUUUCAACGAGCGUGAGCAUUCUAGCUAACAACCGCUGCAUCCAAAAUAGUUAUUUUGCAAAGAUCACAACCAAAUAUAAUCUUGGCGACUGUCCAAACAAGAAUCCAAACAUACUUAGACCUGUUGUUUCCAAUGGGACAAGAUGAAUCAUCGUGGGCAGGACAAGCAAGGAGAAGUUGGACCCAGCCACAAAAUCAACGAUGGGUUGAUGAGAUUCUUUGACCAGUGUCAGAAAUUUGUUGAGGACGUAGAGAACAACCAAACUGCCCUGGAAGAGGUCCACCUCUUCAAGGCCUCAGCAGAGAUGAAAAGAGUGCAGAUGAAGAUGGCUGACCAGCUGCAAGUGCCAUACAAUCGCACCACACCAGAUCUGGUGGAGGCUGCAUUCUUCCUGUGCUCAUAUGAGUUUGCCAUCAAAUCUUUGAACUCCGCCUGGUGCAACCUGUUUGAUGAGACUGACGCCCAAGUGCUGGAGUACAAAAAUGACCUGAAACAGUACUGGAAGAGGGGCUAUGGUCAUGAUAUCAACCGCAAGUCCAGUUGCAAUCUCUUUCAUGACUUGUUCAAUCGUCUUGAUCAAGCUGCUCGUGAGAUCAGGUUUGGGCAUGUAUCUGAGGCUGUGACCAUCCAGGUGGGUCAUGCCGAGACCCUCCUGCCCCUGUUGGCCCUCAUGGGCUUCUUCAGAGACGAGACGGCCCUGACUGCUGACAACUUUGACGUGCAAAAUGGCCGCACCUUCCGUACCAGCCGCAUUGUGCCUUAUGCAGCCAACCUGCUCUUUGUGCUAUAUGACUGCAGCGAAGGACUCCGGCUACAGUUCCUCCUCAACGAGACACCUCAGAACUUCCCCGACAUAAUUAACCAGGCUCCACUCUACGAUACGGUCAGAGAGACCUACAGAGAGCUGCUGCACGGCUGCAAUUUUGAAAAAGAGUGCGAGUUGUGAGCAUUUGAACGUAAAGGGCUCUCUACAGGGGUUGGAGGAUUUCAAAUGUCUGUGUCAUGCAAGAGAGGGGUUUUGGCCAAAGCAGUUCCUUUAUUAAUGGUCUAGCUUUUUUGAAGUAAUUCAAGUCAGAGGUUUUACAGAUAUACAGGUUUCACAGAUAGCGUUUACAGGUACACACUUUGUUUUAGGUGUUACCUUUUUUCCCUUUACCUUUUAUUUAACAAGGCAAGUCAGUUAAGAACAAAUUCUUACUUUCAAUGACUGUUUAGGAACUGCCUUGUUCAGGGGCAGAACGACAGAUUUUUACCUUGUCAGCUCGGGGAUUCGAUCUUCCAACCUUUCAGUUACUAGUCCAACGCUCUAACCACUAGGCUACCUGACUAGCAUAUGAGUUAUGAUUGCUUUCUUUUCCAGGGUCAGAAUCCAGGAUCUUCAUUGAGCACUCUUUUUAGAGGCGUGGGAGCUUUAUAUUUAUGUAAUUUCACGAUUUUGUAUUGAUUUAUAUUAUAACAUAUUUUUUUUAUGCAUACUACCUUUGUUUGCAGUAUUCAUUUUCCAAAAGCAGAAAGAAACACCUUGUAAAAUGGUAUGUCUGCCACUGGAUACAGUGAGCUAUUCAAGUAUUAGGACAUUGACAUUUUUGUUGUUUUGUCUCUGUUCUCCAGCACUUUGGAUUUUAACUCAUACAAUGAUUUGAGGUUAAAGUGUAGACUGUUAGCUUUAAUUUGACAGUAUUGUCAUCCAUAUCAGGUGAAGUGUUUAGAAAUUACAGCACUUUUGGGGGGGGGCUAUGUACAUCAUUUUGGAUUUGAAGUGAUUCAAUGACUGAGGUUUGUGUGGACUGUCUGAUUUUAAUUAGGGUAUUUUCAUCCAUAUCAGGUGAACCAUUUUAGAAAUUGUUCAUAAACACUUCUACAAAUGAUAACCUCCCCUGUUUUAUUGUAAUGGGGGGGUUAGCAUGUCUUGGGUAUGAUAUUUGUGCUUCUGUCUCACUCAUUGUUUUUCAAGAUUCAUUCAGGACUAUCCAUUGUCAUGGUAGCAUCCACAUUCAUGUGGAAGUGUUUACAAACAUAUUCUAUUCUUAUUUACAAUGUGUCUCCAAAUUCAAACAAUUCUAAAUGUUCCAUUUCUAUUGGGCACAAAAUAAUGUGAAACACAACCAAAAAGAAAAUGCAUUCAACAGGUUUGUAGAGUCACAAGCUUGAUGUAAUCAUUGCACAAGCAAUUUGCUACACUUGCAAUAACAUCUGCUAACCAUGUGUAUGUGACCAAUAAAAUUUGAUUUGAUCAUUGCAUGCUUGGAAUAUGAGACCAAAUACUAAACCUUUUGACUACUUUAAUACGCAUAAGUGAAUUUGUGCUAAUACUUUUGGUCUCCUAAAAUGGGGGGGACUAAGUUUAAAAAAUAAAAAUGUAAGUGCUGUAAUUUCUAAAUGGUUCACCAGAUAUGGAUGAAAAAAUACCCUGAAAAUUAAAAAUGACAGUCUCCACUUUAACCUCAGUCAUUGUAUCAAAACGUGUCACUAACCAGGUUUCCAUCCAACCUUUUUAUGCAAGUAAAGUACAUGUCGGAUAAAACAUGUAAUGACAGGCCUGAUGGAGACAGCAUGUUUAGGUAAACUUAACAAAUGUCGACCAAACAAAAUACCCUAGACAAGGUGGGAUAUUUUUGUGCCGGUAAAAUUAUUUAUACGAGAAAAGUCGGUGGAAACCCUUUCAUGCGCAAAUAUUGAUAUAAUAACCAUAUCGAAGUUAACUUGGGAGUCACGCGACGACGUUGUGUGGUCCUCCCACUAAGACUACGGUAAAGCAUGCAGUUUAUUAGGCUACAGAUUAAUACAUUAUGGACUUCACUGGGUGACGAAAAUGCAAGGCGAUGAGCUUGAUGCACCUUUCCAAUAAAUGUCGAGGGUCUUAUUCUGGUGACAUAAUCUAUUCAUUACUGUUGUUUGACAAAUACAAAAUUAUCUAUUUUGUUAAUAAUAGUACUCUCAACAUGUGUGCUAUAGUACGUUCUAGCCAACACCGUGAAGCACGUGCAGUAGAGUUGAACCACCAGCAGAGUUGAAAAUGCGAUGGUAACCCAUUUAACGUAUUUUUUUUAUUUGGUACGUGGCAAUUUAACGCAAAAUGUAUUUUAUGUGCACUACGUCAUCACGCACAGCCAUUUAUCUGUAACAAGUCAAUUUGAUAAACACAUCUGGAGGGAAAAGGCUCUUAUUUGUUUUUAUGUGGAUUUUAGAAUAUUCUCAUAAUCUGUCGUCAAUUGGAUGGAAACCUUGCUACUGUCCCAAUACUGUUGAAGCUCACUGUAUAUGCAUUGGGUUGGGUUUCCUUGCUGAAAAUGACCCUUUGCAAUGUUGUUUUUUUUAUUUGUGUGGGCUGAUUUAUAUUUAUACUCAUUUUUUGAAACAUUUAUUCCAAAAUUGGCCUUUUUUUGUUUCAAACAUUAUUGGGACUGCUUUGUGAGGGGUUACUUUACCGGAGUUAUUUUACUUAUUUUCUACAUUGUCAUAUGAUUUGCGUUGAAAUAUUUAAAAUGAAAGUAAAUGCCUUGAGUUUUUCUUUUGUUUUCUUUUGACAUAUUUUAUUCUGCAUCAAAUACUAAUUUAGCAACCAAUUUCAAAAUCAGUAAAUUGUCUACUAACGUUCAAAUGUUCCAUGACAAACAGUGAUUAUUUGUAUAUUAAAAUACAAUUAUAAAUCUUCAAAUGCCAUUAAAUGCUUUCUCCGA